AUGCAAGAAGUGUUUUUAAGCGGAAAACAGACACCGUUCACUAACUCAUCGAAACUUCCAUCGUUGUCUCUCGUUUCGCUACAUAAAAUUGGCAGACUGCAAAAGAAUUCUUCGAUGGUGCUCAUUCUUCAGAUAUCCAAAUUACUCGCAGCACUAACAUUCAAUUUCUCUACUGAAAAGAUAAACAAUUCUAAGCGUUUUAUCGCUACAUUCCUCAUAGAAAUAUUUCGACGAUCUAAAUGUUCCAGGAACAUCAUGCUCCUGGCAACAUACUAUUUUCACAAAUUAUACCAAUCCGUGUUAAACAUCGAGCCUCAAUCUUCUAUCCCUGAAUUUGCACGGUCUUCAAAGAGAAUGUUCCUAUGCUGCCUGAUAAUCGCACAUAAAUUUAACCAGGACAUAACCUUCUCUAUGAAGACUUGGUCCCACAUCACGGGCUUGCCAUCCAAAGAUAUCUCGAUCAUGGAGCGCUGGGCGCUGGGUAAGCUUGAAUACAGACUGUACACUUACACUGAAGAACUAUGUACAUGGACCGAAAACGUAUUGCUUACAGACUACGAAACACUAUCCUCAUCGCAUCGCAGUGAUAGCACGAAGCGUUUGAGAGAAAAAGUUGAAGAACAUACAAAUACAAGCGAUAAUGACAUUUGCACCUGGAAUUCCUCCAGCAAAAGACUAUGCAAAUGUACAAAUUAA